AUGAUCAACGAAGUCCUUAAGGAAUAUAUUGACAAAUUCGUUAUUGUCUACCUUGACGACAUACUGAUCUACUCUGAUACCUUGGAAGAACUGCACGUCGCGAAGAAGCUGCGCCUCUUCGCGCUGCACACGAGCCAGCUCUGCCUGGCGUUCUUCCUCCUUGCGACGAUCUAA